UUCACACGGCGACACAAUGCGAGCUCCGGCCUCCUUUUACCUCUCAAUGUGCGCGGCAGAAGAUGUUCCGCAAGGUGUCCGUCCGUUCCUGGAGGUUCACUGUGCCAUCGCAUGGCGCGCGACGCGGCAUCCUGACCCAAGCUUACAGCGCGGGACCGACGGAGCCUCCAUUGCUCGAGCAAACCGUACCGGAGCACUUCGCGGCCAUCGUCAGGCGGUAUGGCGACCGUGACGCGGUGAUAUCCCGUCACCAGCGGACGCGCUUGACGUACGAUAAACUCGACCAAGACUCGAAUGCGCUGGCGAGGGGCCUGGCGAAGCUCGGGAUCAGGAAAGGGGAGAGGGUCGCCGUGUCGUUGGGAAACAACAUCGAGUAUGCGACUGCUACAUACGCGUUGUUCAAGCUCGGUGCGAUACUAGUCCCUCUAAACCCGGCCUUCAACGCGCCCCAGGUCCUCUCUGCGCUCAACCAUCUCUCCGCUUCACAUCUCAUCAUCGGCGCUGAGACCAACCUGCCUCGCAAGCCGCCACGCUCAAAUAUACCCCUCCUAGAAUCCUUCGUCCCCAACCUCGAAGGCCCGUCGCUCGAGACCGACAUCGUGCCCUCGCUCCAAUCCAUCACAAUUGUGAAUAACUCCUAUGGCAGAGUGGACACAUACGAUUAUAGAAAUACAACGACCCAGUACGAGGAUGUGCUGGAAGACGGAGGCAGUGUGGGCGCGCUGCCGGAUGCGGCGCUGCAUCCGGAUGAGAUCGUGAAUAUCCAGUUUACAAGUGGGACGACGAGCAUGCCGAAAGCUGCGUGUCUGAGCCAUAGGAGCAUCUUGAACAAUGGGAAGAGCAUUGGUGAUAGGAUGCUGCUCACUGCUGAGGAUAGGGUGUGCUGCCCGCCUCCGCUGUUCCACUGCUUCGGAUGCAUUCUAGGCUAUAUGGCUACCGCGACCCACGGCUCCGCCAUUGUUUUCCCAACCGAAGCCUUCGACCCCCUGGCAACUCUCCAAUCCGUCCGCGAAUACCAAUGCACCGCCCUCUACGGCGUGCCCACCAUGUUCGUCGCCGAGCUCGAACUCCUCUCCCAUGGCGCCGUGCCGCACAACGGCUUCCAACAUCUGCGAACCGGCAUCGCAGCUGGCAGUUCGGUCCCCGCCGAGCUGAUGCGGAAGUUGCACAAGGAUCUGAAUCUGACGGAGCUUACAAUAUGCUACGGCAUGACGGAAACGUCGCCCGUCUCCGCGAUGACAACAACCGAUGACCCGAUGGACAAGCGGAUCGACAGCGUGGGAAGGCUCCUCCCGCACGUCCGCGCCAAAGUCGUCGACCCCUCAGACUGGACACGCAUCCUCGCGCCCAACCAGCGCGGCGAGCUCGCCGUCUCGGGCUACCUCCUCAUGCGCGGCUACUGGAACGACGCCCAGCGCACCGCCGAAGUCCUGGUCCCCGACGCCAACGGCGUGCUAUGGAUGCACACGGGCGACGAAGCCAGCAUGGACGAGCAGGGCUACGUCAAGAUCACCGGCAGGAUAAAAGACCUGAUCAUCAGAGGCGGAGAGAACAUUCAUCCGCUCGAGGUGGAAAAUUGUCUGUUUGCGCACGAGAAGGUUAGUGAGGUUAGUGUGGUGGGGUUGCCGGAUGAACGGUAUGGAGAGUGCGUGGCGGCGUUUAUUGUCACGCAUGAUGGGGUUACGAUGACGGUGGAGGAGGCAAGGGAGUGGGUGAGGAGGCGGUUGAGCCAUCAUUUAGUGCCCAAAUACGUCUUCUGGGUCGACACGUACCCCAAGACAGCAAGCGGGAAGAUCCAGAAGUUCAAGCUCAAGGAAUUGGGAAUCAAGCUUCUCCAAGAAGGCAAAGGUUUGCAUUGAAUUGAUUCGAACCAAUAUGCACCUUGGUAUGUAGAUAGGUACUUAUAAACAUGAAGACCAAAAAAAAUCAAGUCGUCAGAUGCU